CGAACAAAUUGAUUGCCAUAGAAAGUAGAAACUUUGGCAGCAGGCUCGCCUCGUCGCCCUUUCUACUCAAAGUAAAAGACAAGUUCUCUACAGACACGAUCUUUGCAUAAUAAUGGCUAAAAAGAAGAGAGACGAAGUGGAGGCCGAACCCCAAGUACUCAACCACGGCAAUGGCGGCUCUCAUGAAACAAAAAAGAAGAAAAAGAACAAGACAAGAGACAAAGAGCAGAAGAAAGUGUUUGUAGAUGAGGAUGAUAUGGGUAGUCCUACUGUCAGCAUCGCCCUACCUGGCUCUAUCAUCGAUAACACUCAAUCAUUCGAGCUCGCUACUCGGCUUGCUGGCCAAAUUGCCCGUGCCGCCACUAUUUUCAGAAUUGAUGAGGUGGUUGUAUUUGAUAACCAAAGGGAAUCAUCCAAUGUGACAGCUGAGGAUACUUGUGAUGAAAAUGAGAGUGGUACUGCUUUCCUAAUAAGGAUCUUGAAGUAUCUGGAGACACCACAAUAUCUGAGAAAGGCUCUUUUCCCCAAGCAUAACAGCUUAAGAUUUGUGGGUCUGCUGCCACCGCUUGAUGCCCCACAUCAUCUUCGAAAACAUGAAUGGGCUCCAUACAGAGAAGGUGUCACACUCGCGCUACAAGCUCCAACUUCUGCCACCACUCUUGUGGAUGUGGGGCUUAGUAAGAAUGUGGUGAUUGAUGAAGCAGUUGAGCCUGGAAGAAGAGUUACUGUAGCCAUGGGAACCAAUCGACAACUGGAUGAUGAGGCACAUGAGGUUGUGUCAUGGUGGAAGCCUAGGGAAGAAGCAGGAAUGUAUUGGGGCUAUAAAGUCAGAUAUGCUCCCAACAUCAGUUCAGUACUUAAACAAUGCCCGUAUAAGGGUGGGUAUGAUUAUCUUAUUGGCACCUCAGAGCAUGGUCAUAUAGUGAAGUCAUCAGAGCUUGAGCUACCAUCUUUUAGGCAUCUACUGAUUGCUUUUGGUGGACUUGCCGGAUUGGAAGAGUGCAUUGAAGAAGACAAAAACCUCAAGGGAAAAGAUCCACGCGAGGUAUUUAGUACGUAUCUCAACAUAUGUCCACAUCAAGGAAGUAGAACAAUACGAACUGAGGAAGCGCUCUUCAUUUCUCUUCAAUAUUUCCAAGAACCAAUUGAUCGUGUAUUAAACACUUCUAAAUAACAUGGUUAAGGAUUGACCCGUUUCGGUUGUUCAUCUUGGACUAUUUCCCGUGUUUUCUAAUCAUUUUGUUUUCCAGAUGAAACAUCAUAAUUGUAACAUCCCAAGAUUUGUCAUCUAUAUUCCAUGGGGAUAGAAGGGUGAAGCCAUGAGAAGCCUAAGGGCUAAAUUGCAAUUUUGGGAUCAAGAGGAGUACGCUGCGCGUACAUAAGGGUACGCUGAGCGUACUAGGCGCGCCCUAGUACGUUGGGCGUACUCAUGACAGAAGGAAACCCUAAUAUUUAGGGUUUGGGUGCUAUAUAAACAUCCUUAUGGCUCAUUUCUUCCAUCACUUUUAGCCUCCAUACCCUAGAGAUGUCCCAAACCCUAGCCUUGUGUGUGAGUGUGAGUUUGUGUGUGUUUUGACCACUUGAAGGAGGAGGUGUUGCACCAAAUAGUUGGAGAAGGAAGGCA